GGAACUGCCCCGGCGAUGCCGUGGGGCCACUCGCCGUCCACGUGUACAGAAAUUCCAGCUCGGGCCGGGCCCACGGCCCGCGGGUGGGGGCGGCCCACGGCCCCUCCUCCCGCCUCCCCCCGCCGCGCUCCCGCCGGCUCCAGCCGCCCGCGCCAUGGCCCCCGGCCGCUUCCUCCUCCUCCUCCUCCUCCUCGGCAUCCUGGGGGCCCCGGCGCUGGGCGACCCCGGCCCCCUGGAAGACGUGGUGAUAGACAGAUACUAUAUCCCCAAAAUCUGCCUGCGGGAAGUCCAGAUGGGGGAUUUCAUUCGCUACCACUACAAUGGGACCUUUAAAGAUGGCAAAAAGUUUGACUCCAGCUACGACCGAGGGGCCACGGUGGCCGGCGUGGUGGGCGUUGGGCGGCUGAUCACCGGCAUGGACCGGGGGCUGCAGGGCAUGUGCGUGAACGAGCGGCGUCACCUCAUCGUGCCCCCCCACCUGGGCUACGGCAGCAUCGGCGUGGCGGGGCUGAUACCCCCGGAUGCCACCUUGUACUUUGACGUCAUCAUGCUGGACAUCUGGAACAAGGAUGACAAGCUGCAGAUCACCACCCUGUCCAAACCGGAGCGCUGCAACCGCACGGUGGAGAGCUCGGACUUCGUGCGGUACCACUACAAUGGCACGCUGCUGGAUGGCACUCCCUUCGACUCCAGCUACAGCAAGGACAGCACCUACGACACCUACGUGGGCACCGGCUGGCUGAUCAAGGGCAUGGACCAGGGGCUGCUGGGCAUGUGCGCGGGGGAGAAGAGGAGCAUCGUCAUCCCCCCGUUCCUGGCCUACGGGGAGAAGGGCUACGGGACCGCGAUCCCACCGCAGGCGUCGCUGGUGUUCAGCGUGCUGCUGGUGGACUUCCACAACCCCAAGGACGGCGUCUUCCUGGAGCACCUGGAGGUGCCCGAGUCCUGCAAGCGCAGGGCUGUGACCGGGGACUUUGUCCGCUACCACUACAACGGCACGCUGAUGGACGGGACGCUCUUCGACUCCAGCUACUCCCGCAAUCACACCUACGACACCUACAUCGGGAAGGGCUACAUCAUCCCCGGCAUGGACCAGGGCCUGCAAGGGGUCUGCAUGGGGGAGAGGCGGCGGGUGGUCAUCCCCCCCCACCUGGCCUACGGGGAGAACGGAGCAGGGAACAAAAUUCCCGGCUCAGCCGUGCUCAUCUUUGACGUCCACAUCAUCGACUUCCACAACCCCGCGGACCCGGUGGAGAUCGAGACCGUGCACCGGCCCGAGGGCUGCAACGUCACCACCCGGGACAGAGACUUUGUCCGCUACCACUACAACUGCUCCUUGCUGGACGGCACCAAGCUCUUCUCCUCCCACGACUACGAGAAGCCCCAGGAGGUGACUUUGGGGGCCAACAAGGUGAUUGAGGGCCUGAACAGUGGCCUCCUCAACAUGUGCGCGGGGGAGAGGCGGGUGCUCAUCAUCCCCCCCCACCUGGGCCACGGCGAGAGCGGAGCCCGGGGGGUGCCAGGCAGCGCCGUGCUCCGCUUCGAGGUGGAGCUGAUCUCCAUGGAGGAGGGGGUUCCCGAGGGCUACCUCUUCAUCUGGCACGGGGAGCCGCCAGAAAACCUCUACGAGCAAAUGGACCUGAACAAGGACGGGGAGAUCCCCGCCGACGAGUUCUCUGCCUUCAUCAAGACCCAGGUGGCAGAAGGGAAAGGCCGCCUCAUGCCCAGCUCCGACCCGGAGAAAGUCAUCGCCGACAUGUUCAGGAACCAGGACCGCAACCAGGACGGGAAGAUCACCUCUGAGGAGCUGAAGCUGAAGUCGGAUGAGGACCAGGAGAAGAUCCAUGAGGAGCUCUGAGGAGCGGACCCGGCUCCCCGCUGGAGACAGGACUCGUCCUGGCCGUGCCAUGGCCGGUCUCCCCCACCGGCUGCCUUGGGAACCUGCCCCCGCCCAGCCCUGAGAGGGGGCGUAUUUUGUGUUGUUUUGUUUUGGUUUUUUUCCCCCUAUUACUUAACUGAGGGUUUUGAUGUGUUCCUCCUGGGCAGGAAAACUCACCAACCCCCAGCUAACAAACCCAGGCAAGAAGGUGGGGAACACCCACGUUCUUGGGAGUCUCGAUACCCCACGGGGACAGCAGCACCCCUGUUUCCACACACUGCCCGUCCCCUCGUGCGCUCCGGCUCUGCAGACGAUACCUCUGCCGUGGAGCCAGACCCUGGACCCUGCCCUGCCCCGCGCUGCUGCCAGACCCCGCAUCCCCCCCCUGCUCCCGGCUCCCCACGAAGGGCCGGGGCAGAGGCAUCCCCCUCCCCAGCCAGCGACUGCACGUCCUGCUUCAGCCUCCGGGGGCAGGCAGGCAGGGGGGCUUCCCCUCCACUUCUGCUGCAGCAUUUUGUAGUUUAGGGUUGGGAUUUAUUUGGGGUUUUUUAAUAUAAACAUGUAAAAUUCUUUAAAUGAGAGGAGAAAUAAAGAGAAGCCUCCUGUGCCAGUCCCUGCUCCUGGCCCAGCCUCUGCUCCCCGCUGCCAUCCUCCCCAGGACAAGGGGCUGGAGGGGGCUCCGGUUCCCAGGGUGACCCCCGAUACCUCACGGGCAUCUGCCAUUCCAGAAAGCCUCAGCCCCCCAAGACAGCAGGGACGGGACCCAGCAAACCCCUUGUCAGCUGGGAGAAGGAAAACAGAAACCCUCUCCCACCCAGGCCCUCAGGGAGCAGCAUCGUCCCCAUCCUCAUCCUCCCCUGCCUGCAGCAACAGCCCUCAGUGAUUGAGAAAAAUCAGCCCGAUUUUAUUUUGAUGCCUAAAAGUAGCUAAUUAACUCGGUGCUCUCAGGUUUGCCAGUUGCGACUAGCACAGCUCCCUCGCCUCCCACCAGCUCUAAAAGCUUUUGUGCAGUGUGUCUUGCAGACAGAGGUAAAAGAAAUGCAAGAACGGUCACAGCGCACCCCUCAAACAGUGACUUCUACCUUGCACCAAAUAAAUAAUUUCUACUGGUUUCCAAGGA